GUUGCGCAGGAAGCGGUGGCGAGAGGGAGAGUGUGUGGGGACCGCUAGCUGUUCUCAGUGCAGCUACACUCGAGUUACAAACAAAGUGGAUAAAACUGAACCAGGACCAGGGGACAUUUUCCGCCCGCACCGGCCGCUUUUAGAGACCCGCAGAGCUGCUCUCAUCCCGGGGAACCGUUCAGCAGCGGCGGCUGUGGGGCUCUCCGUGCUCGGCUGGUUAAAACCGUUUGGUGUGUUGGUGCCGUGGAGGCGCUGGAGUCUGGAGACAAUUUAAUUUUUUCAGCUUUUAAGCGAUUAAUUCGCGUUUGUUUACUGUAUUAAACCGGUUUAAAAGCACUUUAACACUUUAUCGCGCUGUUUUCGUCGAAAAACCCGGCCUGAAGAUGUCUGUCGCGGGCUUGAAGAAGCAGUUCUACAAAGCCAGCCAGAUGGUGAGUGAGAAGGUUGGUGGAGCAGAGGGAACAAAGCUUGAUGAAGAAUUUAAGGAUCUGGAGAGGAAAGUGGAUGUGACGAGUAAAGCUGUGGUGGAGCUCAUUUCCAAAACAUCUGAAUAUCUACAGCCCAAUCCAGCAUCCCGUGCCAAGCUGUCUAUGCUGAACACCAUGUCGAAGAUCCGCGGGCAGGUGAAGAGUCCGGGCUACCCGCAGGCGGAGGGGCUGCUGGGGGAGUGCAUGGGCAAAUACGGCAGAGAUCUCGGGGAAGAAACCAACUUUGGGUUGGCUCUGAUGGACGUGGGUGAGAGUAUGAAGAGGCUGGCGGAGGUGAAGGACUCUCUGGACAUCGACGUCAAACAGAACUUCAUCGAUCCUCUGCAGGGCCUGUGUGACAAGGACCUGAGAGAGAUACAGCAUCACCUGAAGAAGCUAGAAGGACGUCGGCUGGAUUACGACUAUAAGAAGAAGCGUCAGGGGAAGAUUCCGGACGAGGAGGUGAAGCAGGCGCUGGAGAAAUUCCAUGAAUCUAAAGAAGUGGCGGAGAUCAGCAUGUACAACCUGCUGGAGACUGACAUAGAGCAGGUGAGCCAGCUGUCGUCACUGGUGGAGUCUCAGCUGCAGUAUCACAAACAGGCUGUACAGAUCCUCGAGGAGCUCUCCGACAAGCUUAAAGACAGAAUCGGGGAGGCCCAGUCUCGUCCACGGAAAGAGUACAUCCCUAAACCCAAACCAGUUUUUGACUUCGGAGAAACAAACGAUCACUCUAACGGCGGUUUCGCACCUUCUUCAGCCCCGCCCACCCGGAACUCAGAACCGAACCUCAAGCUUGGCAAGUCAUCGCGGAAACCCAGAUUGACUCCAGCAGAGCAGGCGUGCUGCAAAGCUCUAUACGACUUUGAGCCGGAGAACGAGGGCGAGCUGGGCUUCAGGGAGGGAGAUAUCAUCACUCUGACCAAUCAGAUUGACGAAAACUGGUACGAAGGUAUGCUGCACGGCCAAUCAGGAUUCUUCCCGCUCAACUACGUGGAGGUAAUCGUCCCGCUGCCGCACUAAAAAAAAAAACAGCACCACAUGACCACCAAUCAUGCAGGAUGGAGGGAGGAAAGAGGGAGGAGAAGAGAAAGAAGAAGAGGAGGAGGAUCAUCGCCGUCGUCCACGUUCCAGCCAUUGGCGAUGCACCUGUACACUCUGGCACUUUGACUCCUCGACCUUCGGAAGGAAGGAACUUUGGAAGAUUGUGACUUCUCACAUUCCAGAAGAGAAAAGGAACGACUGACUUUGCACGACUGGGACCCUGACAGACAGACAGACAGACAGACAGACGGACGGACAGAUAGACAGACAGACAAGUGAAUGGACGCGUCGACAGACGGACUGCCUGGAACCUUGUAGGUUUAGACAUAGACUUACCUAAUGCGACUUAUGACACCUUUAUAAACCACAGAUUACCUUAACCGUUUGGGCAGUUGAAUCGACUGACCUUGACCCUUAGUUUAUUAUUUGCUAUUAUUUGAAAGCAUUAGAAUGUUUACUUGGUUCGUGCUCAUCAGCCAGAUCACAAAGCCUUUAAUUACCCAUUUGUUGUGUCUUUUCACAUCAGACCUUAUUUUAAAUGCCCCCUCUCAAAAAAUAAAAAAAAAUAAAAAUAAAAUAAAAUAAAAAUCACAUCUACCCUUAAAAUGAUCCCAAAUGUGGUCCAUCAGCCAAGACAUGUUAGCUGCCUUUUCUAAAGCUUAAGGCAAACAAUAUCAGAUCUACAAGCUACGAGGCUAAUGCAGCUACUCACCUGAACGUAAGCCGCAGCCACUAGGGAAAAAAAACAAAAACAAAGUACAAAUACGUUCCACUCCUGACUAGGAAGCUGCAGUUGUCCAUGUUAUGUAUGUAACAUGAUAGAUUUUAACAGAAUAAAGUUAUAUAAACUUUUUAUCAAAUAGGCUACGUACACAAAUAACGCUACCUACUGCGAAUGGUGCUGCAACGUGGAUGGUUUAAAAACAAAUAAAUAAUACAGUAGCCUACCAGGAAAAAAAA